AUGGCAUCGCUGCUUCAGUCAUCCACGUCUCCCACAUCCCCAUUUCCUUCUUCUCUACUCUCUACUUUCUCCUCCAACAACCCUCGCUUUCCCUUUCUUCACCUUCACUACCCUCUCCGUCACGCCGUCAGGUGUAAUCUGGUGGAGCCCAUCAAGUUUGACAACGGCAAGCCUUCCAUCCCGAUCUUCAACAACUCUCCUCAUCAAUCCUUGCCUGGUUUUUUAUCCUCCACAACUACUUCCCAUUUAGAUAACACUCUUCCUCCUUGCAACAAAAAUGACACCAGGCUGCGCAUUUUCUCCGGCACAGCUAAUCCUGCUCUCUCUCAUGAAAUUGCUUGCUACAUGGGUUUGGAGCUUGGCAAGAUUAAAAUUAAACGUUUUGCUGAUGGGGAGAUUUAUGUCCAACUGCAAGAAAGUGUCAGAGGCUGUGAUGUUUUUCUCGUCCAACCCACUUGUCCACCUGCCAAUGAGAACCUCAUGGAGCUGCUCAUUAUGAUUGAUGCUUGUCGCAGGGCGUCUGCCAAAAAUAUUACUGCUGUUAUUCCUUAUUUUGGCUAUGCCAGGGCCGAUAGAAAGACUCAAGGGCGUGAAUCCAUUGCUGCCAAGCUUGUUGCAAAUUUGAUUACUGAAGCAGGUGCGAAUCGUGUUCUUUCCUGUGAUCUUCAUUCUGGACAGUCCAUGGGGUAUUUUGACAUUCCCGUCGAUCAUGUGUAUGGUCAGCCUGUGAUACUUGAUUACCUUGCUAGCAAGUCUAUAUGUUCUGAUGACUUGGUGGUGGUCUCCCCUGAUGUUGGUGGUGUAGCAAGAGCUCGUGCUUUUGCCAAGAAAUUAUCAGAUGCACCUCUAGCCAUUGUGGAUAAAAGGCGUCAUGGACACAAUGUUGCAGAGGUGAUGAAUUUGAUAGGUGAUGUGAAGGGGAAAGUUGCAGUUAUGGUAGAUGACAUGAUCGACACAGCUGGAACUAUUAGCAAAGGUGCAGCUCUAUUACAUCAAGAAGGGGCAAGGGAGGUCUAUGCAUGCACUACACAUGCUGUUUUCAGCCCUCCUGCCAUUGAGAGGUUAUCAAGUGGUCUUUUUCAAGAGGUUAUCAUAACAAACACUAUUCCCGUGUCAGAGCAGAACUAUUUUCCUCAACUCACUGUCUUGUCAGUAGCAAACCUCUUGGGCGAGACCAUAUGGCGUGUUCAUGAUGACUGCUCUAUUCAUUCUUGGUUUUUUGUCGUUGUCAGGGUGGCAUCGAACCCUAUUCCAGCUUGGGCAUUGAUUGAUCAAUAUAGAUGGUUGGUGUCUGCCUCCCAGGUUGCACUCUUGCCAAUUUUAGCUUCCUUCUUGGAAAGUGUUACCAGAUUGUAG